AUGGGGUGGGCAAUCGCAUUACACGGAGGCGCCGGCGACAUUCCACUGACUCUGCCAAAGGAACGCCGCGAGCCCCGAGAGGCCGCCCUCCGCCAUUGUCUAGAGGUCGGGGUCGCUGCUCUCAAGGCCCAAAAGUCCCCCUUGGACGUUGUUGAAGUUGUGGUACGUGAACUAGAAAACAAUUCGCACUUCAAUGCUGGUAAAGGAUCCGUGCUGACCAGCAAAGGCACUGUUGAAAUGGAAGCAUGCAUCAUGGAUGGUAAUUCAAAGAAAUGUGGAGCUGUUUCUGGUCUCACCACUGUUGUUAAUGCCAUCUCUCUGGCAAGACUGGUCAUGGAGAAAACUCCUCACAUAUAUCUUGCAUUUGAUGGGGCAGAGGCAUUUGCAAGGGAACAAAUAGGGGACAAGAAAACUGCAUCUGCUGUGUCAGCACCUCAUUCUUAG